AUGAAGGAAGAGGAAGGCUCGCAAAACCCCAACAAUCUCCCAGUUAUUCCCCCCCCGUCUAAUAAUGACAAUCAUGGAGCACCACCUACUGCUGCUGCCUCCCUGAGGGCUUUGACAGCCUCUGUGGAGAGGCUCAGCGGUCAUGUGGAGAUCUUGAGCAGCCAAAUCGCCACCUUGAGCAGCAGUAUUGUCACCAUGACCGCCAAUAUGGACAAGAUGAGUGCCACCAUGGAAAAGACCACCGACAAUCUUUGGACGCUCAAUGCAACAAUUGACAAGGUUCACGGAAGCCUUGACAAGAUGCUGAAAACGGUUCAGGAGCCAGGCCGGAUUGGUACGGUGCAGGGCAAUGGUAACGGCCAGCCUCAACUCACUCAGCAGCAACAAGCCACCCAGCAGCAAAAGGCUCGACAGGCGUCCCAGUUACGCACUCGCCAGCAGCAAUAUGCCCAGCAGCAGCUCUCACAGCAGCAGCUCUCCCAGCAGCAGUUCGCCCAGCAGCAGUUCGCCCAGCAGCAGUUCGCCCAGCAGCAGCGCGCGCCCAUGAACUUUGCUGCCGAGCCUCUGCAACAGCCUUCCAUUCACACGCAGCAACCUCAAGGCUUCGCCACCACGCCUACCUUUGACUUCUGGAAUGGGACCCAGAUAGCCACCGCUUUUGGCCAGCAGAAUCAGAAUACUGCUUUCGGCGACGGACUCGCCGGAAUCGCUCCCAUGCGCUCCCACGCCAGGCACGUCAGCGGCCCCUUGCCAUUUCCCCUCAUGACCCAGGACCAGACUGGAGCUGCCGGUACAGAUGACGUUUUCAACGGGUUCGCUCACCCACAGAUCUUUGGCAUGCCCGAAGAUGUGGCCAAGAAGCGUCGUCGUGAGGACUACUGA